AUGGCUCAACAACAAAAACAUCUUGACCAAUUCUAUUCCUUACUUAAUCAAUAUAAACGAACAGCGCUUCCCGAUGCCGAAACUACUGAUCUUGCAUCUACACUUGAAUUAUUGGAAACAAUAGAUCAUGUUAAAACUAUAUCUGAUCAACAAGCUAUAGAUAUUCUUGUGCUGGGAUGCAAAUCAGUGGAUCAUCAAAACGCAUUAGCUCGAUCCUUUUGUCGAUUCAUGUAUAAUGCAUGCUCAAAACAAAUUCGAAUCACUAGUUUCAGGGCUGCUCAGUUUGACGUCUGCAUUAAAUACGUGUUGGAUGGAUUAGAGACGAUUGAGGAGCAUCAUGAUCACAAAGUGGACUUAUUGCGUGCGCUUAGCGCACUUGUAUUUGAAAAUGUUCAUCAUACUCAACGUACAGCAACUCGUCUUUCCAACACUCUGUUAUUAUUAGGUCAUCGCAAUUGUAAACCAUUGGAAGUACGCCGCAUGGCUAUUAAUUGUAUUGGAAACACAUUUGCUAGUCCAGUAGCAGGUACAAAGCUACAAGAUCAUAUACAGGAAUUUUAUGCAUGUCUCUUGAGUCAUUUGGGCGUGACAGACAAGAACACGUACACUUUGGAUUUAGCAGACACAGCCAUACGUAGAAUUGCCAGCUCAACAUUACGUGCAUUACAAUUCUUGUUAACUCAAGACAAAGCAUUAGUGACUCAUCCCUUAUGUGAUAUCACUGAAAUUCUUUAUACGUUUAUCUUUAUGCAUGUCAAUGUACAGUCUUAUUCGGCAGGCAUGCCUAUCCCUGCAAGCACAAGAAGAAACCGUGUACUGUCUCAACCUUCUGCUCGACCCUUACAACUCUCUUGGCGAGUCCCUCUUCAACAGAAAUCCAUUUCUUUAGUGACAAGUUCAGAGUCCGAAUUAUCCGAUUCUUCUAUGCUGACUGAACUAUCACCUAGAAGACAGCGAGAUAACGCCAAGAUUAGGAUCAAUGCCUUACUUUGUUUGUCUGCUAUUGCCAUGACAUCGCCCAAAGCCCUUUAUCCGCAUUGGCAUAAAUUUAUGCCUGAUACAUUUUCCAUCUUUCUAGCCAACAACAUCAACCAUACAGAUCAGCAGUUGCCGCCACUGCUUAAAUCAGACAAUCAACCUUAUUCUCUGUUUACUAUCUUAUUAUAUGAUCCUAUAGUGAAUGUACGUACCACUGUUUGCCAUACGUUGAUAGCCAUGUUGAGUGGAUCCAAACAAUACUUGAGUUUAGCUUCCGAAAGGUAA